GGAGCGGCGACAUGGCUGGCAGACAGUUUGUCUAUCGAGGAGGCACAGGUGAUGCUCGAAAUGGAUGUUUGGAAGUUGAAUAGGCACUCCACACAAAACCAGCGACUGGAGAUUGGGCGCCAUCGUGAGAGAAUGCAAGGAGACAUCGACUGUUGGGUGGAGUUGGCAGUGACGUUCAUUGGCGAUGCAUUAUGUGAUGGUGACAUCCAGGCGAUGGAGGACGAGCUGCUGAUACUUGAAGAAGAUUCUGAUGAUGACACGGCUGAUCAAUUCACGUUAUUUGAGCCUGAAAAGGUGGUCAUCCCAAUGCCAUCUAAUCUGGGCGCCGGCAGGUGUGCUAAACUUGGCGCCGAAGAUUUGAUUCAUCAAGAACUUGUGUUAAGGCAGGGACAAGCCAAUGAUGCCCUGCACAACAUCAGAGUUCACUUGGCAGACAAGGCCGUCAUUUUCCGCAAGACUGUCAGAACGGUGAAGUCACAAGCAAUGUCCACUAGAGCUUGGGCUCUGGUUCAUUCAGUGGAUAGGACAGUAAGCAUCCAAGCAAGCAUCUAUUCAAAGCGCCGGUCUCAACUCUGCAAACUUGGCACCGACAAUAAUUUGCUGGAGAGAUAUUGUCCAUUAGCCAAGGAGCAUCUCAAGGUUAGCACAGCUGUCGCCAAUCCAAACGCCAGAGGCCAGAGAAACAAUAUUUUGGCUUGGUUCUGGUCCAUGGACAUGGCGGGAGACUCUGAUGGGAGUGAUUGGCUUAAUGAAUGUGAGAUGUUCAUGCUUUUGCGAUUUCCCCGGCGCUCACUUCGCCGAUGUAGAGACUCACAUUUCUGCAGGCACAUAUGGGCACAUUUUGCACCUUUUCACAACUCAUGA